AUGAUAGAUGGCAUUGAUCAUUUGCUGAUAACAAGUAUCGAAAAAGAGAUGUCAAGAAAAAAGUACUUAGCGCUUCUGGUGGAUGGAGAUGCCAAAGAGCCUUUAGAUCCACGGAAAAUGGGCUUUCCCAAAGAAGAACUUGCGGGAGUUGUGGUGUGCAUUACCAAGAAAUCUUCAAAGAAGGCUAAUAGUGAGUUAACAAUGGCACAAGAUUUGAAUAUCAACACAGAGGAUCACCUGUUGCCUUGGGAGGUUUUCUGUCGAAACAUUGGCACUCCGAUUUUAGAAUCAUCUUUUGCCAAGAGAUUAAUGGCCGUGCGUAUAGUUGAAGAAUGCGGUGGUCAUCUUCUUGCCGGAGUCAUUGUAGCAAAGUCACUGAGGAACGCAAAUUAUGUUGAAGAUUGGGAACGUGCUCUGCACAAAUUGUGUUCGCUCCAUCCUUCCCACGACGUUGGCAUGUUUCAAGACCAGAGCAGCGUCAUGCUUAAAGCAUUCAUAAACUUCAUCUGGCAUGAUUUAAGCAAGACGCAAAAGUAUUGUCUUACAUCAUGUUUAUUCAUUUCUAAAUUUGGGAAGCCUAAAGAUGAGUUGAUCUAUGAUUGGAUUUCUUCUCGAAUAAUGGUUGCAGGAGAAGCAGAUCAUAAUUUGAGAGAGUUUGUGGACCGUUUUGCCUUGUUGCGAUUACAGGAUAACAAGUCAAGGUAUAUUCAAAUUCCACAAGACACAUAUGCCAUCUUGCAAGUAUUAAACACUCAGAAUCCCUUGUUCAUGACAAAAUCUGAGUUCAGUGUGAGAGAAUUACCGAACUCUUUUUUUGAGUUGGAGCAACUUAGAGAACCCUAUAUGAAAGGUUGUGAACGCUUCAUGAAACUAUCCUCAGAGGUUGGAAAAUUGAAGAACCUUGAGAAGCUUGAUCUUGACAAGACUCAGAUCAUACAUCUCCCACAAGAGAUCCGAGAGUUGACCAAUCUCCAAAGUUUGAUUCUUUGUUUUUAUGAGUACUGUGGCAAGAAAAGCAUGCAAUAUACGAGUUCAACAAUUAUUCCUUCUGGGGUAAUUUCAAAACUUAGAGGGUUAAAACAUUUAAGCAUUGAUGUGAACCCUGAUGAUGAGCGACGGCAAGAGAAUUUGCAAGUCAUUCUACCAGAAGUCUUGGUAUUAGAGUGCUUGCAAACCGUUAAUUUGUACAUUCCAGAACUUGAACUGUUGAAUCUCAUCCCUGCUCGCAUUUUUAAGCUUGAUUUCAGAUUCAUUGUUGGCAAACACGUCACGGAUCAUUUCAAGCACACUACCCACAGUUGA